UUGUCGCGUGACACUGAAAUGGUUUCGAUGGGCAUUAAGUAGAUUUCUUUGAAAUCUUCCUCUUAAAUCAAUGUGAAAUGAACCCUAACGACGAAAAGGCAUCUCUACUCCACUCUGGAUGUUCAAGAUCCACUAUUUAUUCCAGAAACUUGUCUCAAGGGGAAAGGAUUUUAGAGCUAUCCAAAUCGAGAGAGUUAUCCUCAAAGUACAGAUUGUAUCGCAGAAGAUGGUACAUGCUCCUUGUCCUAUUUGUACUGAAUGUCUCCAAUGCUAUGUUGUGGUUAAGUUUUGCCCCUGUGGCUGACUACACAGCUUCAUAUUAUGGCGAGAGUGUUAAUGCCAUAAACUGGCUUUCGAUUGUGUUCCUUCUUUGUUAUUUAUUGUUUGGCUUGGUGGCAGUUUGGAUCCUUGAUGUUCUUGGUUUACGAACAGGGGUUCUUUUGGGUGCAUGGUUGAAUGCCAUCGGUGCAGGUGUUAGAAUUCUCAGUGGACUUGAUUUUGUUCUUCCCAACAUCAAAUUCAUUGUAGUGAUGAUUGGUCAAACUUCAGCUUCACUUGCCCAACCAUUUCUCCUUGGGUCUCCUACUAAGCUGGCAGCCCUGUGGUUUGGAGCAGAUGAGAGGGCCACAGCAAACAUGAUAGCAUCUCUUAGCAAUCCCAUGGGAGUUAUGAUAGCUAAUGCAUUGGCUCCUGUAAUUAUAAAUAAUGAAAAAGACAUUCCUUUUAUGUUGAAGAUAUUUUCAAUUCCUGCUUUCCUUGGUGUUGUCAUGGCAACCUUUGGAGUAUGCAGUAGCUCCCCACCAACCCCACCCACAGCAUCAGCAGAGUCAUCAUCAGAGCCUUUCUUUCAGGGUCUCAAAAAGCUUUUGCAGAACAAACCUUACCUAGUGUUAUUGGUGACGUUUGGUUCUGGGAUAGGCCUUUUUACCUGCCUUACAACAAUUUUAGAACAAGUUAUCUGCCCCAGAGGAUAUAGUGAUGACAUGGCAGGAACAGCAGGUGCUGUUUUGAUAGCGGUUGGUCUGGUGGGAGGUGGAUUCACUGGUGUGUAUGUUGACAAAACCAAGAAGUUUAAAGAGACAGCAAAGAUUUCAUAUGCACUGGCUGCAGUAUCAUGUUGUUUACUCUUAUACGUGAGUAGCAAGCCUGGUCAACCUGCUCUUGUUGUGGCCACCUGUGGCUUGUUUGGUUUUUUUUCAUUUGCCCUCAUGCCAGUCUGUUUGGAAGUAGGAGUAGAGUGUACCUAUCCUGUGGCUGAAGCAACAAGUGCUGGGCUGCUGUGGAUGGCAGGUCAAGCCACUGGGGUAAUAUUCAUAUUAGUUUCACAAGCUUUAGCAUUUCCCAAAGUUUUCGAAAAGUCCAAGUGUCAUCAGAAGUCAGGCGACAAGGAAGUUCCGGAUUAUCUGUAUUCCAUGAUUUUUAUGACGUCAGCGGCUGUUGCUAUGGCAAUUUUGAUAAUCUAUGGCUUCAACCCUCCUUACAAACGCCUCCAGAUGGAGCAAAGAAAAGAGGCUCAGAAAAUUCUUCAAGCUGGUGCUGAGCAGAGACUUCCAAGUAUACCUAACCCGUCUGACCCAGACAUCAAAAACUUGUGCUAGGAUAAAACUUGCAGACAUUUCUUUUAGUUUUAGCAAUGGUGGUUUGUUACCUCAUCAGAGCGUAUUUUGACUGACCGUAUAAACCCUUCACCGGAACUCUAGAAUAAAGGUAAAGAUCACAAGAGGCCCAUGGGAACAAAUGUCUUGACUAAGCUUGGAAUCACAAGUGUCUAAGGGGUUGAUGGUUUUAGUUCUGCAUCUGGGUCCAGUUGUUCAAAAAGUGGAUAACUACCUAACAAAUAAGAGUUAGAGAACGUACUGCGGUAUCUGCUGGAUCAAGGUUCAUUCAGUGGAUAGCGUCAUCCGCCCCUUGAACAAACGGGGCUUUGGAUAGCAUAUAGAAAUGAAGCAAAACUAAGCGAUUUAAAAUUACUCUUCAAAAUGAUUUGAGAAUUGCUUUUUAAGGCAGUGUACUGUUCCAAAAACUAUCCUUGCCUUCCUCCGCACAUGUUCACAAAGAAUUUGCGGGGAAGCCAAGUUUAAGAGAGUACGAUUUUUUCAAAAACGCAUUAAGGUAAAUGAAGAUUUUGUCAGCCGGAAAAUACUUCGUUAGCUUCAUAAGGAAUCGGCGAUCUUAGUCAGAAUGAACUGAGUGGGCAACAAACGCUUCGAGAGGCGUACGUUUAGAGUUCAAUUAAGCCGACUCAACUCGAUAGUUGAUGAAUUUAAUAGUUUCAUUUUCACGAUCCUCAAAGUUGUACUCGUUCUUUUCAGCGGUCAUGUUAUGGCUGCAAAGCAAAAUGACCUUCAAGUUACAGAAAAAAGUUAAAUAAUGUAACUCUUUACCUGGUGGGUGUAGGACUUGAUUAAAUGUAACGCGAACCUAAAAAAAUGAUAACUAGGUUAUUUCAUAUAUUUUAUAUAAAUGUAUUUAAAUAACGCUUGUGGUGCUUGUUUUUUAAAAGUCCUCAAGGCGUUAAGUUUAUGUGAGAAUUAUAAAUGAUAUAGAAUGGAGAUACAUGGAGGGAUGCAUACGAUAAACGCAGUUAAAUUAUGCUGAUUCUUUAAUAAGUUCAACCGAGGAAUUAGCCAGAUAUCAUCUUACCACAACGGUUCUGAAAUUAUAGCGAGACACGUCUUUAACAAAGAAUGCGCUCAACCAUGUCUUUAGGUUAAUACUCCUGUGGUUUAUUUUUAGAAAAUAAAGUAUUUUUAUUUUUAUAAGGA